CGAGACUUUGUGCUUGUCAGGGAACAGGACCUCAUCAAGGCCGAGGCUAAGGCUUAACCCUAUAACGAGGUAGACGUAGGUUGUUUUCUGUAUAUCUGUGUAAAUGAACAAAUUACUUGGAACGAAUUCGCUGGAAGGGUUUCAUGCCGAAACGGCCGAACGUGUUCUCUUUGUCAAUUUAACGCCUUGUAAAGCUGAUUUUCUAGGCUAUCUAAGUUUUCCUCAACGGUUGUAAAGACAGCUAACUUCACUGAUAAUGAUACCAAUGGCGAACGAUGCCGUUAAAAAGAAGAAAAGAAGAGAUGAUGAGCUGAGUCUAAACUACGACCAGGAAAGGCAAGACCGGCUUUUGGUCCGAUUCUCCGUUUAUCUCCUAAUCUCUCCUGGAGUGCAGAAACUUUCCUCCGACAUAUAAAAUGAAACGUUCUCCGCAUCGCAUACCCCAGUUACUGUCCCGCAAUGGCCUCCCCAGUCGCUCCCCAGAACAAGCGAUUCCCUCUCUUCGGAUACCCCAUUGCACAUUCGUCUGCCCCCGGUCUGCAUAAUACCUGCUUUGACGCCUUGAAGUCGGGCAACAGAUAUGAACUGUGGCCGACGUCAAAGAUAACAGACGAUGUAUUAGAGUUCAUCAAGAGUGACGAGUUUGGUGGAUGCGCAGUGACGAUGCCCAACAAGGCGGCCAUUAUACCCCAUCUUGACGAAGUAUCGCCCGAGACCCAGGUUACGGACGCGUGCAAUACGAUAGUGAAGGUUCGGACUGAGAAUGGAUUCAAGUUCGUCGGGCAGAAUACCGACAUCCUCGGUGUGCGAAACGCGCUGCUCAACGCUCUUCGUGACCAAUAUCCUGGGAAAGAACUGUCUUCACAGUUAUCCUUCUCCGUCCGAGGAGGAGCGACAACGCGAUCUGCUGCACAUGCUCUUACUUUGCUGGGACUCAGCCCGAUUUUCCUGAUUAACCGGGACCCAGAGGAAGUGCGCAUUGUUAUGGAAGCAAUGCCCCAUCUUUCGAAGAAGGGAGGACUGAUUCACUUGAAGAAUCCGGAUGAUGUGGAGAAGUACCUUGUCGGUCCGGAUGCUUAUACCCUCGUGAUGGCUGUUGGUGCUAUUCCUGCCAUCGCGCCUGUCACCUAUGCAGAACGUAUGGUAUAUACAACUGUCAUGGCUGCGUCAACCAUUCCUUACAAACAACCUACCUCCGAGUCGGGUCUUCCUUUACCCAUAAAACGUAUCUUCCUAGAAAUGCCUUACAAGCCGCGCAGGACACCCAUGCUUCAAAUCGCAGAAGCUACCGGCUGGCAUGUUAUUAACGGUGUCCAGGCAAUGAUUGAGCAAGGACUUGCUCAACAGCGUAUGUGGUACAGCGGCAUCGCUACAGUCGAAGCGGGCAGUGAUACAACGAUACUGAGCAAGGAGAUUGAAGAUUCUGCAAGACAAUUCGCCGAAGAGAUGAAGGAAAUCAUCGUUCACGACAAGGAGGUGGAUAGGGCUGCAGGAAAGGAUGCAGGCACCGUGCCGAAGAAAUAGAUGGAGACUAUCAAUUCCAUACCAAGACUAGUUGCUCUGAGCGAUGCAAAUUCAAUGUAACCCAUAUAAUCAAAGCCGUUGGGCUGAUCGAGUCUUGUUUCUCCCUUCUGAAUUAGACUCUCUGGACAAGAAAAGGUG